AUGAGUACCCCAUCCAUCUUCUCCAAUCUACCAGUCGAGCUCAUCCGGGACAUAUUCGAGCACGCCGCCCACUCCGACCGCGCCACCGCGCGGAGCCUCGCACUAGUAUCCUCCGCCGUCCGGCAUUGGACAGACCCCAUACUCUACCACACCGUCGUCCUGUCGUCCACACGCUCUCUCCGUGCUUUCGUGGACGCAAUCUCCAGCAGGCCCUCUGACUUUGUCCGUACCCGCGUUCGCAACCUCGGCAUAUUCACGCUCGGACCCAUACCAAGUAUUCACCGAAUACUAUCUGCGUGUGCCGGUGCGCAGAACGUAGCCUGCGGCUUCCCGCUUCCAGCAUACAAGGUGUCGCAGGGGGACUCCGCGCUGCAGGGGCUGACCCACCCGCGCGAGCAACACCUCCUAGGAGUGGCCUGUCGCGACGGAUGGGACGCGUCCCUCGUCAACCGAACAGUGACGCACCUGCGCAUACAGCUCCCCUCCUUCGACAGCAGCCAUUCGGGCUGGGACCGGCUCGAGGCGCUCCCCGCGCUUACGCACCUGGCCGUCGUGUAUCGACCGACCGGUGCCGUCCCUCCCGCCGCCAUCGUACCGCAUCUCGCGGGCUUGCUGCCUUCUUCUCUUUCUCCGAAGGGCGAGGGCGGACUGCCCGCGCUGCAGCUUAUCCUGGUCCAGGUCGUCGGCGCGCGGAAGGACGCGUCUUUCGCGGCGGAAGCCGUCGCGGCGCUGAACGCUGCCGCGGUGUCCGCGUCGGGGCGCGCGCUGCGCAUCGUCGCUGAGCACGCGCCGCUGUCUGUUGUCCGCCAGUGGGAGGAUGCGGUGAAGGGCGGGCAGAGUAUGUGGGAGAGCGCGGAAGCUGUUGUGCGAUCUCGUCUUGCCAAUGCCAGCCAAGGCAAGUGACAGUGUACCUACUGUGGUACAUGUUAUUACGCUCGCGCGGUCCUCCAUGGCACUAGUGGUAUCAUGUACUUACUCCUUUGUGAACAAUGUAAUGCUUGUUCCCG